GAAUGAUGCGAUGCAGAGACAGGGCUGAGCGUCUGAGGAUUGUCGCCAGGAUGAUGCCUGAACAAGAAUUUGCUUUCAAAGCGCUGAUCUUGGUUUCAAGAUAGAGGAAACAACAGCGAGAUAGACGUCGGCGUUGUCUUCGUCGUUAUUGGGUUCAUCCAAUUUCGUCUGCACGGAUUACCGAAGGAGCAUUUGAAGUCCUGUACCCGGAAUUGCGUCAUUAUCCCGAAAAAUUUAAUAAUUUUUUUCGCAUGAACAUGGCUAGCUUUGAUGAGCUCCUAGACCGAGUAUCACCAAGACUGGCCAGGAUGGAUACGUAUUUCCGCAGGAGUGUGUCACCUACAGAACGACUCAUGUUGACCAUCCGCUUUCUGGCUACAGGUGACAGUUUUACGUCGCUACACUACCAUUUCCGGCUUGGGAUUUCAACGAUUUCAACUAUUGUAAAAGAAACGUGCCAAGUUUUAUGGGAGGAACUGCAUGAGGAGUUCAUACCUACUCCCAAUCAGCAGAGAUGGCUUCAAAUUGAAAAAAAAAUUUAUGAGGUCUGUCAAUUUCCGCAUUGUGUCGGCGCAGUGGACGGAAAACAUAUCCGUAUUAUAAAGCCACCAGGUACCGGAUCAGAAUUUUAUAAUUAUAAAAAGUAUUUUUUAAUUGUUUUAAUGGCCAUCGCUGAUGCUGAGUACCGGUUUGUGGCAGUUCAUAUUGGUGCAUAUGGCCGCACCAAUGAUUCAAUGAUUUUCAAAAACUCUUUCAUGGGACGGAGCGUGUACAAUCGGCGCUUUGACUUUCCACCUCCUGAACCUAUGCCUGGAACCGACAGUCCACCACUGCCAUACGUCUUGGUGGGGGAUGAAGCUUUCCAAAUGUCUGGAAACCUGAUUAAACCCUACUCCAGCCGUGGAUUGGAUGCCACAAAACGGAUUUUCAAUUAUCGCUUAACAAGGGCACGAAGAAUGGUCGAGUGCACCUUUGGGAUCCUUGUCUCUAAAUGGAGAGUUUUUGCUAAACCGAUUCAAUUGAAGAUUGAAACAGUAGACGAAGUAGUAAAGUGUGGGGUAGUUCUUCACAAUUUCAUACGGACUAAAGAACCCGCGAUUGAGCGAAUAAUCGAGGACAGCGAAAUGUGUAGUAUUGAAACUUUUGGGCCACGUGGUACUGUUGCUGUGUCCGCCAUGCGAGAUUCAUUUGCUGCCUACUUCAGCUCAGAUGCUGGACGUUUACAGUGGCAGGACCAGAAUGUUUAA